AUGGACCGUGAUCAGGUCCUAUCUCAGCGUGUUGUCGAAGGCAUGAUUGCCGACGGCGACACAAUUGUCAUCUUCGAAGACUAUGUCCUGCGACUCAACGGCUGGCUCGACAAGCAUCCUGGCGGCUCUCUGGUUAUUCAGCACAUGGUGGGCCGAGACGCGACCGAUGAAAUCACGGCCUAUCAUUCAGCUGCCACGCUGCGAACGAUGAAAGCCUACCGGAUUGGUCGGAAACCGAUGGGGCCAUGGCUAAAUAAGACACCUCCAGUCAGGGGCGGCGUCUUUCGAUCAUACAGCCUCCACAAUGAGCCGGACGUUCCGGAAUCCUUGCACGGCGUUGACGUACCAAAUGCCGGCAUCUCUCGCCUAAGCUUGGAAAAGGGCCUCAGUCUUCGCAGACGCAUAGCCUCAUCUGCCUCAUCUACUACUAGUAGCGCUGCUACUCCACCGACUAAAUGCCCUGUCCAAUACACGGAUUGGGCCGUGCAGCAAGGGGUCGAUAAAGGCCGGCGCGACUACCCGUCUGUAGAUCCUAUUGUGCAACAAGGCAUCGUCAACAGGUACCGAGCUUUACAUCAGCAGAUACACGAUGAAGGACUCGACAGCUGUCGGUAUAUCGAGUAUGGCAAAGAAAUGAUGCGAUACACGAGUCUCUUUGUUGGCUUUCUUACUGCCUUACACUAUGGAUGGUACAUGACUUCAGCUGUCAUGCUGGGGCUGUUCUGGCAUCAAAUAAUGUUCACUGCUCACGAUGCUGGCCAUCUAGCCAUCACUCAGGUAUUUGCCAUCGACACGCUCAUCGGCAUGUUCAUCGCCGACUUUUGCUGUGGCCUAUCUAUCGGGUGGUGGAAGAGCAGUCACAAUGUCCAUCAUCUUAUUACCAAUCAACCAGAACACGAUCCCGACAUUCAGAAUGUCCCUCUCUUCGCCACCUGCCCUUCUUUCUUUCGAUCACUUCGUUCCACAUACUACAAUUUCGUCUUCGUCUGGGACGCCGCCGCUGAUCUCAUUGUCCCAUACCAAAAAUAUAUAUACUAUCCCAUCAUGGCCCUUGCCCGCUUCAAUCUUUACUUUCUCUCAUGGAUACACCUAUUAUCUGGCAAAUCAUCUUCUCUAGGAUCUACCAAAGCAUGGUGGAUUCGACCGACGGAAAUCGCAUUUUGCAGCUGCUACUGGUUUUUCUUUGGGUACUGCCUGGUUUGGCGCUCAUUACCGACAUGGACUAUUCGUGUGGCCUUUGUUCUAGUGUCGCACAUCGUCACCAUGCCUUUGCAUGUCCAAAUCACUCUUUCACACUGGGGCAUGUCUACAUCAGACCUAGGCGAGUCCGAAUCUUUUGCCCAGCGCCAGCUACGAACCACCAUGGAUGUGGACUGCCCCGCCUGGCUUGACUUUAUUCACGGCGGGCUGCAAUUCCAAGCUGUUCACCAUUUAUUUCCUCGAGUGCCACGACAUAACCUUCGCAGAGUGCAGACUCUAGUCAAAGAAUUCUGCCAAGAGACUGGUGUUCCCUAUUCUAUUUUGGGCUUUGUUGACGGCAACCAAAAAGUUAUUGGCCGUCUUGACGAAGUGAGCGAACAGCUCAGAAUGAUGCUGGACUGCCAAAAGCAUAUGGCUGAGACAGGAGAAAGCGGGUUACACUGAGACGCUAUCAAGCAGCCAGUUCUGUUUUACGUGAUGUUGGUGAAACUCUUGUGUUUUAUAAAUUUAUAGAGGGCUGAUAGAAAGGCGUUAUGGGUAAUUUUGUAUUAUUAGAGGUAUUGCCAGAGGUGCAAAGUGGGUUCAAAUAUCUUAUUAGAUUUUAGCGUGGAUCAUACAUUUAUAGGCCAAUUAUG